CUCUGCAUGUAGUGAAAUGGCUGAAGCCAGGUUUUCUCAUGACCAGUUCAGCUGUUCAGUGUGUCUGGAUCUACUGAAGGAUCCAGUGACUAUUCCCUGUGGACACAGUUACUGUAUGAGCUGCAUUACAGACUGCUGGGAUCAAGAGGAUCAGAAGAGAGUCUACAGCUGCCCUCAAUGCAGACAGACAUUCAGUCCAAGACCUGCUUUAAAGAAAAGCACCAUGCUGGCUGAAGUGGUGGAGCAACUGAAGAAGACUGAACUCCAAACUGCUGUUCCUGCUGGACCUGGAGAUGUGGAGUGUGACGUCUGUACUGGAAGAAAACACAAAGCCAUCAAAUCCUGUCUGGUGUGUCUGACCUCUUUCUGUCAAAAUCACCUUGAACAGCAUGAGAAUCUCUUCAAAGGAAAAAGACACGAUUUAAUGGAUGCCACUAAAUACCUUCAGAAGAUGAUCUGCAGUAAACAUAAAAAACUGCUGGACAUUUUCUGCUGCUCUGAGCAACGUUGUAUAUGUAUGCUCUGCAUGGUGGACAAACACAAAAAUCAUGAUACUGUAUCAACUGCAGCAGAGAGGAAAGAGAAACAGAAGCACUUGGGUGAUACACAGAGAAAAUACCAGCAGCAAAUUAAGAAGAGGAAUAAAAAACUUAGGGAGCUGAAAGAGGCUGUGGAGAUUCACAAGCAAUCUGCACAGAGAGCAGUGGAUGACAGUGAGAGGAUCUUUGAUAAGCUCAUCAGCUCCAUUGAGAAAAAACGCUCUGAGGUCACACAGAUGAUCAGAGAUCAAGAAAAGACUGUAGUGAGUCGAGCUGAAGCACUUAUGAAGCAACUGGAGAAGGAGAUUGACCAAAUGAGGUCCAUAGAUGACGAGCUGGAGCAGCUUUCACAAACACAUAAUGACAUCCAUUUCCUCCAGAGUUACCUGUCUCUCCCUGUUCCUCCUGGUUCUCCGGAUAUUCCCAAAAUCAAUGAGAGGUCUUUUGAUAAAGUAGGAAAAUCAGUGUCUCAGCUGAGACAGGAAUUGGAGGAUUUCUGCACAGAGGAGAUUGAAAAGCUAUCUGGUCGAGUGAGAUGCAUCCAGAUAAUUCCUCCCCCAGGACAUGUGAUCAAAAAAAAGCUUUUUUUAGUCACAAUAAAACAACAAAUACUCGAGGAAGAACAAACACAAGAUCCAGGGGGCGGAGUUGGAUCUACGUCCAGGGGGCGGAGUUGGAUCUGCGUCCAGGGGGCGGAGUUGGAUCCAGGUCCAGGGAGCGGAGUUGGAUCCAGCUCCAGGGGGCGGAGUUGGAUCCAGCUCCAGGGGGCGGAGUUGGAUCUACGUCCAGGGGGCGGAGUUGGAUCCAGGUCCAGGAGGCGGAGUUGGAUCUACGUCCAGGGGGCGGAGUUGGAUCCAGGUCCAGGGGGCGGAGUUGGAUCCAGGUCCAUGGGGCGGAGUUGGAUCCAGGUCCAGGGAGCGGAGUUGGAUCUGCGUCCAGGGAGCGGAGUUGGAUCUACGUCCAGGGGGCGGAGUUGGUUGCAGGACCAGGGGGCAGAGUUGGAUCUACGUCCAGGGGGCGGAGUUGGAUCUGCGUCCAGGGGGCGGAGUUGGAUCCAGGUCCAGGGAGCGGAGUUGGAUCUGCGUCCAGGGAGCGGAGUUGGAUCCAGCUCCAGGGGGCGGAGUUGGAUCUGCGUCCAGGGGGCGGAGUUGGACCUGCGUCCAGGGAGCGGAGUUGGAUCCAGCUCCAGGGGGCGGAGUUGGAUCUAA